AUGUUUACUGCUGGCUCAAGUUGCACUAGUACUGUUGAAAUGACAUUGAAAGAGUCCUCUUGGAGACCAGCUGAUCUAACAUGGUCGUUAAUUGCCRGCAGACUUCCCGGAAGAACAGCGAACGACAUAAAGAAUUAUUGCAACACACGGUUGAGCAAGAAGAAACUUGUCUCCAAAGAAGAGAAGAAAGCGAACACCACAGUUGAGAAGAUCAAAGCUAUCAGACCUCAGCCUCGUACCUUCACAAAAAGCUCUCGAUGGUUCAGACCAUUGCYUGAUCCUACCAGUGAGGGCGCUACGAGCCAAUCAGGAGAAAUUCUUAGCAAGGCGGMCCCUGAUAAUUCUACCACUGUGGGCACAAAUAAUCGAUCAGGAGAAAUGCCUAACGAGACAUCUCCUGAUCUUCCACCACCUACAAACGAUCUCGUGCAAUGGUGGAAGAGUGUCUUAGAUGAAAGUGAUAUGGUGGACACCACCUGCCCCAUUAUCAGUGGGUCAGAAGAAGAUAGCCUUGCGGUUGAAGUGCAACCAGCAAUGACAGGGUUUGGAAACAUUUAUGAGGAAAUAARYAGCACUACUGAUGAGGGGGAUCACUUGUCUUUCAGUAAAAACAUUUGGGACCUAUUAGCUUCAGAUAUGGACAUUAUUUGAAUAAAAUUACUUCUUAGAAGAUUUGGGAGGGGAGAUGUUUGAUUAAUUAUUAUUUGAGUGAAGUUACUUGAAGGACCUAAUGCCUACUAGAGUUUUUCUUUUAAGUAUAGAAGUGUUAGUUAAGAUUAGUACUUGUGAUUGUAAAUGAUGUGGAGUGUUUACUUUCAUUUAUGGUGUGUUUGGUUUGAAGUAAAAAGUAGCUAGGGAAAGGAAGUGGAAGGUAGGGGAAUCUUUAUAAACUUUGUAUAGGUUUUCAACCUUUCCCUACCUUUUGUUCCAAACCAAAAUGUGGAGUCUUAUAUACUGUAAUUUGAAUUAUGGCAUUUAAAUUUAUAGAUAGAUCUAGGUUGUGUUUGGAUAAGCUUUUGCUCUUGUGCUUAUC